CUCUCCUGAUCAACCGGGACUCCUUGCCUGCCUGAAAGAUGUCGUGCACCAGCCUGUGCAACACGUCCUGUGGGGCGGCUGCCCCGGCCCCUCUGGCUGACACCUGCAACGAGCCCUGCGUGCGGCAGUGCCCCGACUCCACGGUGGUGAUCCAGCCCCCGGCCUCGGUGGUCACCUUCCCCGGGCCCAUCCUCAGCUCCUUCCCGCAGCACAGCACCGUUGGCUCAGCAGGAGCCCCCGUCAUAGGGUCGGGCUUUGGCGGCAGUUUUGGAGGCCGUGGUGGCUGGGGUGGUUAUGGUGGCUAUGGAGGCUAUGGGGGCUAUGGAGGCUAUGGGGGCUGGGGUGGCUAUGGAGGGUAUGGAGGCUGGGGUGGCUAUGGAGGCUGUGGGGGCUGGGGAGGCUACGGAGGUUAUGGAGGCUGGGGUGGCUAUGGGGGCUGUGGAUACGGUGGCUGGGCCCGAGGCCACAGAUACCUCAACGGCAACUGCUCACCCUGCUAA